CGCAGAGUUCUCAGAGGCAGUGCUUCAGAGUUCAGUCCCCGCCCAGAAAAUUAGGCAGGCAGAUGCGGGGACAGCAGCCAGACAUAAAUGACACGGACUCUUGGAUGUUCAGCUGAAGUUUAAUAAAGACCUGCCUUCGGUGAACACAGCUGAAAGGAGAAAAGAGGGAAAUGUCCGGGGUCAAUCCGAAACAGCUCAAGUGAGACAGGAAACAGGAAGUGGUGAACAGCUACCUGGUAAACAUGUGCACUGACUGUUCCUCUCUCUCACGGCACACUAUAAAUCAUCUGUCAGCCUUCCCCAGUUAACUCACAGGGCCGUGAUAUGCAUUUAGCCCAAUAUUGGAGGGAGUAGGUGAAGUCUUGUUCUGUUUGGCCCCUUGGAUUAUUUUGAGCUGACAUGACAGAAAACGGUCCAGUGAAAAAAAAGGGUGACGAACUGAAAUUUGUCAUUGUGGGAGAUGGAGGCUGUGGGAAAACCUCUCUUCUGAUGGUUUAUGCCAAAGGAGACUUUCCAGAGAAAUAUGCCCCCUCAGUUUUUGAGAAAUAUGUCACCACAAUUUCUCACAAAGGAAAACAAGUCAAACUCAACUUGUAUGACACAGCCGGGCAGGAAGACUAUGACCGAUUAAGGCCUCUCUCGUACCAGGAAGCCAACCUGAUUUUGGUCUGCUAUGAUGUGACCAACCCUACCAGCUUCGAGAACGUCUUGAUCAAGUGGUAUCCAGAGGUGAAGCACUUCUGUCAGGACAUCCCAAUCAUCCUGAUUGGUUGCAAGACUGAUCUUAGGAAGGAUAAAGAGUGUAUAAGGAAGCUUAAAGCCAUGGAUCAGACUCCAAUAACCUACUUACAGGGAGAGGAGACUCGACAGCGGAUGAACGCCGACCUUUAUCUGGAGUGCUCCUCUAAAUAUCAAGAGAACGUGGAGGACAUUUUUAGGGAAGCCGCAAAAAGAGCUCUGGUAGCCUGCCGUAAAGCGCAGCACUCUAGCAGGAAGAGGAAUUGCGUCAUCUUUUGACGUCACGCGCUUUGACGCAUGCUCAAUAAUGCAGGUAAGAAAAUCAAAAAAGAAGGUUGAACCGGUUCAUCGGGAUACAACGUUUGUCGACAGAAACGUUUCAUCACUCGUGUACGUGACCUGAAGGUAUCCCCACCCUUAUAAACAACACCGCUGCGUAACGGCCGGAACCAACGAUCGGUUUCAAAUGCAAAUAAGGACGUGACCAUUAACGAGUCACAAUGGCCAUGGGUACUAUUCACUCACAGCAUUGCAAGAUGGCGACAGAUGUACUCUUAGCCCCCCCCCCUCCUCCUCCAGUUCUGUCGUUGUAUCCAGCUGAACCGAUUCAACCUUCUUCGAACAUUCAAUGUGACGUCGAGUGGACUCGGUGAUGCCGAGGACCGGUGGUGGUGGGGGACGUCAUCUGGGAAACUGGAAAAGACGACCUUCCUAAACCAACACAUCUCCACUCAGUCACAAGACGAUAACUCUGUUUCAGAAACCCGUUUGAAAGAGCGGUGCACCAUGUCCCCCUGACACAGGCAGGGGACAUGUUCCAGAUCAAUCCAUCGAUCAGGCUGCAUUUUAUAUAGCGCUUUUCAACACGAGAGACUCAUAGAUCAUAUUUUGAUAAAACCGGUAGAUUUUGAUCUGUGGUUCAAAAUUGGACUUUUUUUCUGUCACAGGCUUUGAUUACCUGCAUGGAAACGUUUCACGAGUAAAUGAAUGUUUUCUAUUUAUUUAAGAAAUGACAUAAACGAGACCUAAGGACAAAGCAUUGCUUCAUGUUGUUUUUGUUUUUAAUAGGCUGUACCUUAAAUGAGGUGUAUCUUGAAUGAAUUUGAUCUACAGCAAAAUGAAUGUUUGAAUGAAAUAGACACAUUUAAUUUUGGUGUCUUGACCUCGUUGGGCAAACACCUGCAUCGUCAGCACAGGGAAAUGCUCAUUUUGAGAAUACGGUUCCUGUAACAGCUUUAGCCUGCUGGUGUUUUCAUCAGUCCGACGUUGUUGAGAAAAUAAAAUGUACUGUAUGCAGCAUUUUUUCCGUAUAGGUAAACGCACAAACCAAUAUUUCUGCAAAGCUAUGAGGUUCGUUAAGGGAACACACUGGACUGGAUUUCCUUAGGCGAUUGUUUUUCACUAGUGGGUUUUGUCUUGACUAGCAACGCCCACUAGUGUUUGAAUGUGGUAUCGCUUAACGCCUCAACUAGUGGUCACAGUUCUGACAUAAAUUCACAGGUACGAAAGUAAAUAUCUAUUUACAAAAAAAUGGUUGGCAUAUAAUCUUGACGAUAAAAAAUAAUUUCAUGUACAAGAAUUACCUUUAACCUAGUUUUUUUUAUUUUCAUUAUUUACAGUAAUGUACAGAGAAUGUAAAACUGUCGUCUCUUUAAUGAUCAUGUUCAUGUUCAGGCACAGGUUACAGUCUUGAACUUAAUGACCCAUAAUAAACAUGUUAAUGUUGUCAGAUCGGCUACAUUGUAUAAACGAGAAAAUAAAGAUGUUUUGUGCGUUGUGGCAGCUCUUAUCAAAUGUAACAGUUUGGUCUGCAACUCAGUAGGGUUCAGUUUCAGCCAUUAGAAGUGAUACACGAGCGGUGGUUCUCUGAAAGAGCAGAACAUAUUCUGAGAGAGGAGGAAUACACUACCACUACAGUUUUUGGAUUUUCAACAAACAACACAUGUGAACUGUGAUAGGCUACAUAGUGGAUAAGGCCCUGUCACUACUCCACUCAUCCAUCCAUCCAUCCAUUCAUUGUCUAAGCCACUUAUCCUACACAGGGUCGCGGGGAUGCUGGAGCCUAUCCCAGCAGUCAUUGGGCAGCAGGCAGGUAGACACCCUGGACAGGCCACCAGGCCAUCACAGGGCCCCUACAUUCACACCUAGGGACGAUUUAGUAUGGCCGAUUCACCCGACCUACACGUCUUUGGACUGUGGGAGGAAACCGGAGCACCCGGAGGAAACCCACGCAGACACGGGGAGAACAUGCAAACUCCACACAGAGGGCGACCCGGGACGACCCCCCUGAGGUUGGACUACCUCCUGGGGUUCGAAUCCAGGACUUUCUCACUGUGAGGCGACCGCGCUAACCAAAGCGCCACCGUGCCGCCGACUCUUAAGAUCAGUUCAUCUGAAAGCAUGAUUUUUCCAUGGAAACGAAAAUCCUUAUUUAAAUACAAUACAACAGAACAAGUAUGAAACACAAACCACACUGAACAUAUGAAAUGAAGCGAAAGCUCAAGAGUUUGGCCUCAGAAAAGUGAUACACAUUAGAAUAAUGAAUGUUGAUGACAACUCUAAAAACAAGUAUCCAGCACAUUUUUGUAGUCAUCCGGACUAAGGAUCUUACAAUACCCGUGCAAAUAGCAGCAUUUUGUUCAACACAGGCCUUCGCAGUGAAACACAGCAACAUGUAACUGGAACUACACACAUCACUUUUUCUUCAGAACUAACACUUAUCCCAUAAC